CUCAAACACAUUAUACUAGACUUAAGCUACUCAUUUUGUGACAAGAAACUGACGAAUUCCACUAAAGAUUAAAAGGAUUGCAGUGGAAAGUGCCUUGUUGUUCUAAGUCAAACACGGGGAAGACAUAGUCAACAUAAAGUAGCAUUGACCGGGAAAUAGUAUUAGGUGAAAGGGCAAUUUCACAUAUGGUAUAAGAUAUGGAGUCGUUGGGAUAAAAGGACAAUAGAGAGAAGUCAAAAGAUGUGUCCUUUUCAAAACUGCCCAACACAAAACCCUUUCUUAAAAGCACAUCACGACGGAGACUAGAUGAAAACCACAAGACAUGAUGAUUAGGGCCCUAAGCAGGAGGAAGGGUAGAGGCAGCUACAAGAAGCUCGGGGAUGAGGAAGAAGAAGCAGGCGCAGGGCUUUUAGAAGUAAAACAGCAGAAGGCUGCAGUGGAUCAUCAUGGGCAAUCCGUGGAGAAAAGCGGGGGUUCGGCUCACCCUCUAUUGAGUUUUUUCGAUAUGAGUCUAAAGAGAAAGAAGAAGACAAAGAAGAAAAGCACGACGACUGCAAAACCAGAAUUUGCUAGGUACAUGGAGUAUGUCAAGGAAGGAGGCGUUUGGGAUAACACUUCAAAUGAACCUGUCAUCUAUUACAGGUAGAUGAAAUAUGAUCAUAUAUAUAUAUAUGGGAGAAAAGAGUUUCCACAGAGGUUGUUUUGCAGAUAUUUGUUUUCGGCUUGUGAUAUAUAUAACUUGUAUUUGAAUAAGAAACGAUGGAUACAUACAUCAAACAAAGCUGGAAAGCUCGUCUAUAAUAUAAGCCAGGAUUUUGCCAUUUAA